AUGGAGUUUUUCGAUCAGAUGAGUGUUAGAGGACUUCGUCCAAAUGAGAGGACGUAUACUACGUUGAUUGAUGAUUUCUCCCAACAGGGGUUCUUAAAUGAAGCUUAUGAUGGUCUGAAGGAAAUGAUUGGGAAUGGAUUAUCACCUUCGAAUUCGAUUGUGACUUACAAUGCACUUAUCAAUGGAUACUGCUUAUUGGGGAGGAUGGAAGAUGCCAUUCAAAUCCCAGCAAGAUAUGACAGGGAAAGGGUUGUCCCCUCAUGUACUAAGUUAUAG